AUCACGUCGCGCGGUUCAAGGAGACUUCCGAACCGCUCGCGCUGCCCGACGUGUGGUUAUAAAUCCUUCAUUUCCUCCGCUUCUUCGUCGCGUCGGCGGGGAUCCUUCAACCCGGCGGACAUGAACAGCGUCGGGGAGGCCUGCACCGACCUGAAGCGGGACUACGACCAGUGCUUCAACCGCUGGUUCGCGGACAAGUUCCUGAAGGGGGACCGGAGCGGGGACCCGUGCACCGAGACCUUCCGGGAGUACCAGCGGUGCGUGCAGAAGGCCAUCCGGGAGAAGGACAUCCCGGUGGACGGGGUGGAGUUCAUGGGCCCCAACAAGGACAAGCCCGAGAGCUGAUGGAGGAGGAGGAGGAGGAUGAAGAGGAGGGGGCGGGGCACAGGACAGAUCAAGCGACACGGAGAAGAUCAAUACGGACCGUUCAGGAGGCCCACUGAGCAUGCGCAGAGCUGCUGCGGGACGGGGAGUGAAGAGUGCGAGUGCGCGUGCGCGUGCGAGCCCAGAGGAUUAAUAUCGUCUUCUUUUUCUGUACCUGUUUUUCAAACUUUGUUCAAUAACAUGUUCCAUAUUUCUUUAAAAAAUGUUAACACAUUUUUAUUAAUAAUACUUUUUACAUUGUUCACACAGGGAUUUCACAUGUACUAAUACUUUUAGGACUAUUCUUGGACAUUUUCCCCAUAUUUAUUAAUUUAAACAAUUAUAAUAAUAAUACAAACAGGUAGAAACACACUAAGCCAGUGUGUGUGAGUGAGUGUGUGUGUGUGUGUGUGUGUGUGUGUGUGUGUGUGUUGAUUUAAAACACAACUGACCCCAGAGCAGUUUCAGUUUAUUUGACUUUUUAAAACCCGCUGCUUGUGUUUAAUUUAAUGAUCGUUGGACAUUUUAUUUAAGAUGUUUUAUGAACAAAAAUAACGAAACAUUAACUGGAAAAAAUUGAUCAAUAAAACAAUUCAGCCGUUAUUUGAGUCAUAAUUUAGGUGAUUUAUUUAGUCUUUUACAUUUGUUUGUUUAUUUGUUUCAUUUAACCUUUUUUUAAUUAAGAACAUAUUCUCAGUUUUGUGUUUGUUUAUUCAGGAUUUCUGCAAUAUUUUAGUAUCUAAUAGGAUAAAAUGUAAUUGAGAACAUUACUUCAUUGACAUUUUGAUGUUUUAGAUAAAAUAAGAUGGUUUUAUUUACAGGAUUACAGCUGCAAACAGGUAAAGUGCCAAAGAAAGUAAACAAUCUACAA